GGACAGCGGACUUCCACACGAACCGCCCUGUUUUAGCUGUUGGGUUUUCGCUGGUGCUGCUGCCGUUCUUUGCCUUUCUGACCAAUCUCUCAAAUCGGAUCAAUUUGUGGAGCAAUCUUGGACCUCAGUAACACGAAGCGUUACUGUGGGGAGUACCAUCGCCGAGUCCCCUUUGCUACACCCAUUCUUCAAGUUAGCAGUCCUAGACUGUCACACCCCCUUGACCCCCGGAUUUCUGAUUCAUCAGUCCCCCCAAAAAUAUAUAUAUAAAUAUAAACUAUGGAUAGAACGGAUCUUAUCCAGAAGGCCAAGCUGGCGGAGCAGGCUGAGCGCUACGAUGACAUGGCAGAGUGCAUGAAGGAGGUCACGGAGAAGGGAGGCGAACUGUCAAACGAGGAGAGGAACCUGCUGUCCGUCGCCUACAAAAACGUGGUCGGGGCGAGGCGGUCCGCAUGGAGGGUGAUGUCCAGCAUCGGACUGAAGACCGAAGGGUGCGAGAAGAAGCAGCAGAUGGUCAAGGAGUAUCGGGAGAAAGUGGAGAAGGAGCUGCAGGAUAUCUGCAACAACGUUUUGAAACUGCUGGAUAAUUUUUUGAUUGGAAACUCCACAAAUCCUGAGAGCAAAGUCUUCUAUCUAAAGAUGAAGGGAGACUACUAUAGAUACCUUGCUGAAGUCGCCUCUGGAGAUGACAAAACAAAGACCAUUGAAAACUCACAGCAAGCGUACCAGGAAGCAUUUGACAUCAGCAAGACUGAGAUGGACCCCACACAUCCCAUCCGCUUGGGCUUGGCGCUUAACUUCUCCGUCUUCUUCUAUGAGAUCCUCAACUCCCCAGAAAAAGCCUGUGAAUUGGCUAAAAAGGCAUUCGACGAGGCCAUCGCAGAGCUCGACCAGCUAAAUGAGGAGUCUUACAAAGACAGCACUCUUAUCAUGCAGCUCCUCAGAGACAACCUGACAUUAUGGACAUCAGACAACGCCGCUGAGGAGGGCGAUGGCGGAGACGCAGUAGAGGCCGGCGAGACUGAGAACUAAAUACAAAUCCUCAGUGUUGGGGUCAUCUCCAAAAACGACAAAAGGAAAAAAAAACUUUUUACACAUCCUUCAUUCCUUAUUGCUCCACUCAAAACAUUGUACCAAUGAAACCCAUUGUUGAAAAGAGUCGUGUAAGGAAAUAAAAUGGAAAAAACCCCCCAUUCUUUUCACAAUACAGAUUUGGGCAGCAACCCGUGAAAAGAGAAAACCCUCCAUUCCUUUGGUUUGUGUUCGUCCUGGCCUUUCCAUUUGUGCAGUUUCAGCUGUAGAAAAAAAGUAUUGAUAGCUUGACAUGGUGUUAACUCCUAGCUCAAUUGGCAGAAAACCUUAAGUCCCAACAUCGAACUGGAAAUACAUCGACAGAAGUUUUGGAUUGUUAAAAAAUGUUAGAUAUAAAAACUAGUUUUCUCCCAUUACUUUUUUUAGUGUGUCUGUCUCAACACAGUAAUGUGGUACGGUUACAGCAGCUGAAAUCCAACUUCAAACAUACAAUAUUCAUACUGCAGGGAAAGCCAGUGUACAUGCUGGCAUCAAAUACUAUAAUACAGCCAAGUAGUGCCCCUUGGUUAAAUCCUCACUAUCUGCCCUGGUUAUGAUGCCACUCUUUCACUGAAGCAUGCCUGUUUGCGGGGGGAGGGGGGAUUGUGGGGCUUGUCUGACCAAACGCAGGGACCUUUUUAAUGGGAAGAAGACAAUUCUGUCAUGCAUGUCUCUUGAGAUAUUACACUGGAAUGGGAACAAUGCUGUAACACACACGUGUCAAGUUUAAUAAUUUUCAAUGCAGGUUUGUACACAUCCUAAAAGAGGGUGAUUUGUUAGUCUGUCCAGUGAUUGUCAUUAGAGAUUUGGACCACUAUUGUUUUGCUAUUCAUUCAACUGUAGUCCCCAAAAGCCUUGUGAAACCGUUUGAAUCCCUAUGUAUCAGCUAUGUUAACAUGAAUAAAACAUUUUAUAAACCAA